GCCCUGGAGGGGGACUGGCCUUGGGAGGUGGGACCUGAGGGAUGGCUUCAUGUCAGGGCUGGGUUCACAUCACACCAGGAACCUCUCUGGUGCCCAUUGUUGUUUUCAUGCCAAGGUCAGGGGCCAUAAUUUACUUCUAUCUUUUAAUCUCCAUUCUUGACAAUUUGCCCCUUUAUCAUUUCUAAUCUGACUUCUGGCCAGGGCUAAUCCAUGCCUGUCUGGCCUUCAGGUCUCCCCUGUUCCUCUCCACCGCUCCCUCAGAAGGGCUCUCCAACAUUGAGCUACACAUAAUGUAUUGGUGAGAUGUAGACAUAUUCUAAGCAGUACAUGAACACCAGCUACUUGGUUGCAGUUGAUUUCCCCUUUUGUUCAGUGCUCAUGUCACUAGCAGACAAGCCCCUGCUGAAAGCCAUUUGCAGAGAAGUGAAUUGGGAGACCCAGCCUCUUCUUCCUGUACUGCAUCCCACCUGUUUCCUUGCCCAUAGUAGACCUCCCCAUUGUGUGAUCUUGCCAGGCUCAGAACUGCACAGCAGACCCUUUCUUACCUCACUUCAGCCCCUUUGUCCUUCCAACAGUCCUAUGUACUAAUUCCUGGGUUUGUAAGAAGUACAUUCGUGAUAGGGCUGCCCCCUCCCACCAGAGGCUGCAUGCUUUCAGAUUGUUGGUUUUGAAUGAAGGAUGAGGAGGCACUUUCUCAAGGCGUGUUACAACUCAGGACUCCCAAGGCAGGUCCAACCACCCAAAAGGCCUACCCUUGUGGGAUGUGUGGCCCAGUCUUGAAAGACAUUUUGUACCUGUCUCAGCAGCAGGGAAUAUACCCCAGGCAGAAACUGCACGUGUGCAGCAUGUGUGAAACAACUCUGGUUCAGUGUAAGCAUUCACCAGCAACAGAAGCAGCACAGUGGAGAGAAACACCUCAGAAGGGUUGAGGACUGGCUUUUGUUUGUUAAGAAUUGCAGAGUCCACAUGUCAGAGAAUCCCUUUAUGUGUGGGGAUUGUAGGAAGGACCUCCUGCCCAGCUUGGGCCUUCUCCAGCGCCAGAACACUCACAGCAAGGGGAAUUCACCUAGAAGCACUGAAUGCAGGGAGACUUUUCGCAAUGGAGAAGGGCAUGAUAGGUGAAUGUGGGAAAGCCUUUAGCCACAAAAAUAAGUUCGUUGAACACCAAAGAAUUAACACUGGAGAAAGACCUUAUCAGUGCGUUGAAUGUGGAAAAUUCUUUAGGCACAACUCUAGACUUAUGGUACAGCAGAGAGUUCACAUGGGUGUAAGGCCUUAUGGGCGCAGUGAAUGUGGGAAAGCCUACAGCAGAAGUUCCCACCUUGUUUGGCAUAAGAAAGUUCACACUGGAAAAAGGCCUUAUGAAUACAGUAAAUGUGGGAAAGCCUAUAGCAGCAAACACUUGUUCAACACCAGAGAGUCUACACUGGAGAAAGGCCUAUGAGUGCAGCAAAUAUGGGAAACUGUUUAGCCAUAACUCCAGCCUUAUUAUACACCAGAGAGUUCACAGUGGAGCAAGGCCUUAUGAAUGCAGCAAAUGUGGGAAAGCCUUCAGCUAUAGACACAGACUUGUUCAACAUCAGAAAAUUCACACUGGAGAAAGAUCUCAUGAGUGUAGUGAAUGUGGUAAAGCCUUUAGCCAGACUUGUCCAGCACCAGAAAAUCCACACUAGAGAAAGACUUAUGCAUGUAGUGAAUGUGGGAAAUGCUUUAGGCGAAGCUCUGGCCUUAUUGAACAUCAGAGAAUUCACACUGGGGCAAGACUUUAUAAGUGUAGUGAAUGUGGA